AUGCAGUUUACACCGAGUAGCCCCAUCCAGGCAGAGUUGUCUUUCAAAGGCAGACCAAGUAAUUCAGAUCCUGGAAUCAUUGGGUUGGAUAGUGAACAUGGAGAAGUCCAAGAUGAUCCCCCUGCAGUCGCAGAGGUUCCUGGGGAUUUUGCUCGACUCAACCUCCCAGAGAUCCUUUCUGAUUUUGGACAAAGUGAACAAAAUAAGUCAAGAAACUAUGUCCGUCCUUGGUACCUUGACAUCAUGCAUUCCAGCAGUUCUGUGGGCUCAAGCUUAUUCCAGGGAUCUCCAGUGGGAGAUUCUCCAGUCAUGGUCAGGGAGACCAGAGGAGCUGAACAGCAAGAUUCUAAUCUCCAGGAAGACCUGUCGGUCACUAGAAUGGUGGUUGAUACAGGAGAAUCUAGAUCAGGGGGUCCUGUGGAAGGUGUUUAUCAGGAUGCAGAGAUUGUUAGAACCCGGGACCCGCAGCUUUUAUCGCAGUGUGAUGUAGUUGUCGAUGUGGGCGGCGAGUAUGACCCUUCCCGGAACCGCUACGACCACCAUCAAAGAUCUUUCUGUGAAACCAUGAACAGCCUAUAUCCUGACAAGCCGUGGGUUACCAAGCUGAGCAGCGCUGGCCUGGUAUAUGCCCACUUUGGCACACAGAUACUAGCCACGCUCCUGGGAACCGAUGAGGAGGACCCUAUUAUACCAGUCCUAUAUGACAAGAUGUAUGAGAACUUUGUUGAAGAAAUUGAUGCUAUAGACAAUGGAGUAUCCCAGUUUGAUGGGGAGCAGAGAUACAACAUUACCACCAACCUGAGCUCCCGAGUUGGACAUCUCAACCCACGCUGGAAUGAACCUGAUCAGGACACAGAAGCUGGAUUUAAGAAGGCGAUGGAACUGGCAGGGACAGAGUUUGUGUCACGCUUGGACUUUUACCACCGUUCUUGGCUGCCGGCUCGGUCUUUGGUGGAAGAAGCCAUCAGACAGCGAUUCCAGGCGGAUGGCAGUGGAGAAGUGGUGAUCUUGGCCCAAGGUGGAUGCCCAUGGAAGGAGCACUUAUUCCAAGUGGAAAAAGAAAUCAAUCUGGAGAAACAAAUUAAAUAUGUGAUCUAUCCAGAUCAGAGCGCUAAGUGGAGGGUGCAGUGUGUUCCCACAGGUCCCAACACCUUUCAAAAUCGGCUUUCUCUACCAGAGGAUUGGCGUGGUCUUCGAGCAGAUGAUCUCUCCUCAAUUAGUGGCAUUCCUGGUUGCAUCUUUGUUCAUGCCAGCGGUUUCAUUGGUGGAAACGAGACACAGGAAGGUGCUCUGGAGAUGGCACGGAAAGCAUUAACGUCCUAG